AGUGCUGUCAGUUUGUUGUCAAACAUAACCUAAUUGUUUGUUGUUUUGCCGGUGGUACUUAUUGUAUUUUACGCGUUUUCUGUAAAAUAAAUUGUCGAAAUGAAAGAAAAUACUGGUGAUGUUGAUACUAGGAAUGUCGUGAAGAACCGGGAGUUGCUUUACCGCAUGAUUAUUAGCCAGCUUUAUUACGAUGGUUUCCAACCUAUUGCUGCGACUUUGGCUGCUGCUGUUCAUGCCGACCCGCCCUGCCCGCCGAGCGACAGGUUAAUUAACCUAAUGAUGGUGGGUCUGCAGCACGAGCCGGACCGUAAAGACCGUCUAGCAGCGUCCAGUGGGGCAGAACAUCUACUCGGAACCACCGGCUUUGAUUUGGAAUACGAGAUGGAUGCAUCAUCUCUAGCCCCUGAGCCGGCGACCUACGAGACCGCGUACGUGACGUCGCACAAGAUGGCGUGUCGCGCGGGCGCCUUCAGUGCCUGCGGACAACUCGUCGCCACUGGAUCAGUCGAUGCGUCUAUUAAGAUUUUGGAUGUGGAGCGGAUGUUAGCGAAGUCGGCUCCGGAGGAGGUGGACCCUGGCAGGGAGCAGCAAGGACACCCUGUUAUCAGGACUUUAUACGAUCACACCGAUGAAAUAACAGCUCUAGACUUCCACCCUCGAGAGCAGAUCUUGGUGUCAGCUUCUCGCGAUUGCUGUAUCAAACUGUUUGACAUCACCAAGGCGUCCGCCAAGAAAGCUUAUAAAUCUAUAACGGAUGCAGAACAAGUCCUUUGCGUUGCGUUUCAUCCUCUCGGCGACCAUAUUAUAGCGUCCAGCACUCAGCCCGUCAUACGACUGUAUGACGUGACCACGAGCCAGUGCUUCGUGUGCCCGAUACCGUCGCAUCAUCAUACGAAACAAGUUAACUCUAUUAAAUUCUCCCCCAACGGCAAGUACUUUGCGAGCGGCAGCGCUGACGGCGCCGUCAAACUGUGGGACACAGUGUCCAACAGAUGUUUCAACACCUUCGUGAACGCACACGACGGGUUCGAAGUCUGCUCAGUAGCCUUCACUCGGAAUAGCAAGUAUCUACUGACAUCUGGUCGUGAUUCAUCGAUUAAACUUUGGGAGUUAGCCAGCAGUAGGUGCUUAAUACAAUACACCGGAGCGGGCACAACGGGAAAGCAAGAUCAUCACGCGCAGGCUGUGUUCAACCAUACGGAGGACUACGUGAUGUUCCCCGAUGAAGCUACGACGUCCCUGUGCACUUGGCACUCGCGUAGUGCUAGCCGGUGCCAGCUUAUGUCACUAGGGCAUAAUGGGGCGGUCAGGUUUAUAGUACAUUCCGGUACAGCACCAGCGUUCCUGACUUGCAGUGAUGACUACAGAGCCAGAUUUUGGUAUCGAAGAAAUACGCAUUAAAAGGCAAAGAAAAAAAUCUAAACUUUUACCUAUGUCGAGUUUAUAUGAUUAAUAAAAAUUAAAUUUAAGAUUUUUUCC